AUGGAAUGGAGCAGCUGCAUUUCCGUUGGUUUGAUGUUCAUCCUGAGUGUUCUGUACAUUUUGAAAAUUGGAGGUUUCUGGAAUAACCACCGGAAAAAGAAUUUUCCCCCAGGACCAAGAGCACUACCUAUCAUUGGAAAUCUGCACAUGUUUGAUUUGAAGAGACCCUACAAGACUUAUCUACAGCUGUCAAAAGUAUAUGGUCCAGUCUUCAGUGUUCAGAUAGGACAGAGGAAAAUAGUAGUGAUCUCUGGAUAUGAGACAGUGAAGGAAGCUCUCGUAAACCAGGCAGAUGCAUUUGCAGAGAGACCUAAAAUCCCAAUCUUUGAAGAUUUGACUGAAGGAAAUGGGGUUGUUUUUGCUCAUGGGGAAAACUGGAAGGUGAUGCGAAGAUUUACUCUCACAACCUUACGAGACUUUGGAAUGGGAAAAAGAGCCAUUGAGGAGCGCAUUGUGGAGGAGUAUGGGUACCUCGCAGACGCCAUUGCCUCACAGGAAAGAAAGCCCUUUGAUAUUAGUAAAAUAAUUAAUGGAGCAGUUGCUAACAUAAUUGUGUCAAUAUUACUCGGAAAACGGUUUGAUUACAAAGACUCCAGAUUCGUGAGACUGCUACAGUUGACCAAUGAAAACAUAAGACUUGCUGGGAAACCUUUGAUUGCGGUGUACAACACCUUCCCAUGUCUUGGGCUCCUCCUAAGGGCUAACAAGACUCUUCUCCGAAACAGAAACGAAUUCCAAGAUUAUGUAAAAGCUACUUUUCUGGAACACCUCAAAACUCUGGACAAAAAUGAUCAAAGAAGUUUUAUUGAUGCUUUCCUGGUUAAACAGCAGGAGGAGAAAACCACUACCAAUGGGUAUUUCCAUAAUGGCAACUUGCUAAGCUUGAUGAGCAAUUUGUUUACUGCCGGUGUUGAGACAAUUACCAGCACACUAAACUGGGGCUUUCUGCUGAUGCUAAAGUACCCUGAUAUUCAGAGAAAGGUCCAAGAAGAGAUAGAGAGAGUGAUAGGGUCAAACCCCCCACGGAUCGAGCAUCGAACUCGGAUGCCAUAUACGGAUGCUGUCAUCCAUGAAAUUCAGAGGUUCGCUAAUAUCUUGCCAUUGGACUUGCCUCAUGAAACUGCUGCAGAUGUUACUCUCAAAGGCUUUUUCAUUCCCAAGGGAACCUACAUCAUCCCCUUAUUGACCUCUGUCCUGCAAGACGAAUCGCAGUGGGAGAAACCAGACAUGUUCUAUCCUGAGCACUUUCUUGAUGCCAACGGAAAAUUUGUGAAGAAAGAUGCUUUCAUGCCUUUUUCAGCAGGCCGGAGGAUCUGCGCCGGUGAGACUCUUGCCAAAAUGGAGCUCUUCCUCUUCUUCACCAGUCUCCUGCAGAAGUUCACCUUCCACCCUCCCCCUGGAGUUUCUAUCUCAGACCUGGACCUCAGCCCUGGUAUUUCAUUUAACAUCGUCCCCAAACCAUAUGAAAUGUGUGCUGUAGCACGUUCCUAG